AUGGCGGGUACAGAAAUAUACGUGCGCGAGACGCGACGACGGUACAGAUGGCCCGAAGUCCAGCUCAACCUGUGGAUCUUCAUCGUCCUUGCUGGCGCAGCUACGGUGCUGGGAAUAAAUGCAUGGUUUAUAACAGUCCAGAAUCAAUUAAAUAUCGGAGUACCCUGGCUAUUUACAUUCGCUGUUAUUACCGGCGGCCUUACGAUCUUGUUCCUCAUUAUCAUUUUGAUCCUUGCCGGACGGCGCAUGCUUAUACCUGGCGGGAUCUUACUCGGCUCGUUCAUCCUGUUUGUGUUAUGGGUGACGACGCUGAUCGAGACAGCCAUCCAACUCUACGGCAACGGCAACGUCAACAGCAACUGCAACAACUACGUCAACAACCAACAGUACCACGGCGUAUCGAUAGAAACCCUGGCUUGGCUGACACAGAACAAUAUAUGUUCAUGUUGGAAAGCUUCGUUUGCCUGGUCGAUCAUUCUGGCCGUGCUGUUUUUGUGGAUGAUGGUGCUGUCGUGGCAAGUGCAGAAUUACGAUGACUGA